AUGCGUUUUACUCGCUCUCUUUUCCAGGCUGUCACUAAGCCCACCACUGGCCUUGCUGGUAUCCGUGUCCACCCUAACCCUCGCCCUCAUUUGAUCGAAACAUACAACAAAACACUCGAAGCUUUGUCUCGUCUUCCUAGCACAGCUGUUUACAGACAGGCUGCUGAAUCAUUAACCCAACAACGCUUGACGAUUGUUCAAUCUACCGAAAAUGUUGAUGAAAUCGAAUCAAAAAUUGAUUGUGGACAAAUUGAAGAGCUUAUCAUUCAAGCUCAGGAUGAGUUGAACUUGGUUGCAAAGAUGGAAGAAUGGAAAGCCUGGGAACCACUUGAAACACCUAUUCCUGAAGGUCAAUGGAAAUAUCCUUCCAAAGAAUAA